UCCUCUUUUUUCUCCAUUUCCUUUCCCGGUAACAAAUUCAACCAAAUUUCGAAAAUUAUAACCUUCUCUCUCUCUCUCUCUCUCUCUCUCUCUCUUUCUUUCUCUCUCUACAUUGUAUGUAGUCUAUCUCUUUCUCUCUCUUCCCUGAGAAGAUUUAUUUUCAGCCAUUUCUGAGCAAAUUAAUAUCCAACACUCACCAGAGCUCAAGAUCUCACCAUUAAUUACAUCAUUGUACCUGAAAAUGGAUAUCUGAAAAAAAAAAUCACUGCCUGUAUUUUUUUUCCAUGAAAAUGAGGUUCGCUACAGUACUGGUGACGUCAAUACUUUCAUUUCUGUCAAUCAUCACAUUUCCCGCCGGAGGAGCAACAACAACUCUCCAGCUAAACGACGACGUUUUGGGGCUCAUCGUCUUCAAAUCAGGUUUCCACAGCGACCCGCUCAAAUCCCUAGAUUCAUGGAACGAAGACGACGAUUCCCCCUGUGCAUGGAGGUUCGUCAAAUGCAACGCCGGAAACUCUCGAGUUUCUGAGGUCUCACUCGACGGAUUAUCCCUCUCCGGAAAAAUCGGGAGAGGACUGGAGAAGUUGCAGUCGCUGAAGGUACUUUCUCUCUCUAACAACAACCUCACCGGCGCCGUGAACCCCGGGCUGGCUCUUAUACCCAACCUCGAACGCCUCAAUCUCAGCCGGAAUUCUCUCUCCGGCGACGUUCCGUCGUCGUUCUCCGACGCUUCCUCGCUCCAGUUUCUCGAUUUGUCGCAGAAUUUGCUUUCGGGGCCUCUGCCUGACAACAUUUUCCAAAACUGCUCUUCCCUCCGGUACGUUUCUCUCUCUGGAAACCUUCUAGAAGGCCCCAUUCCCAGCACUCUUUCCAGAUGCACAACAUUAAAUCACAUCGACCUCUCCGGCAACCGCUUCUCCGGCGACCCUGGUUUCUCCGGCGGAUUCUGGUCUCUGACGAGGCUCCGCACGCUGGAUCUCUCGAACAACGCCUUCUCCGGUUCAGUCCCGAUCGGAAUGUCCGCCGUGCACAACCUGAAAGAGCUUCUAUUGAACCGGAAUCAGUUCUCCGGUUCAGUACCACCCGACAUCGGCCUGUGCCCACACCUGAGCAGAAUAGAUUUCAGCAACAAUUUAUUCACCGGAACAAUUCCGGCGUCUCUGCAAAAGCUAAACUCACUCAAUUUCCUGAAUCUAUCCUUCAACUUCCUCACCGGAGAUUUCCCCCAAUGGAUCGGUUCCCAAACCACCACCGCCGCCGCCUUCGAAUACAUCGAUUUCUCAAACAACGCCCUAACCGGAACCCUUCCCGCAACAAUCGGAGAUUUAAAAUCCUUAAAAUUCCUCAGCCUAUCGGAAAAUAAACUGAGUGGUCCCCUCCCCAACUCACUGAGCGGCCUCGCCAGUUUAUCCGUUAUCCGAUUGAAAGGAAACGCCUUCAACGGCACAAUUCCCAACGGAUUAUUCGACAUGAAAUUGGACGAAAUUGACCUUUCGAGAAACAAUCUAGCGGGGCCCAUCCCACCGGCGUCCAGCAAGCUUUUCGAAACCCUCCAAGUUUUGGAUCUAUCGGAGAACAAUCUCGCCGGAGAUAUCCCGGCGGAAAUGGGGCUUUUCGGUAAAUUGACGUACCUGAAUCUAUCGUGGAACCAAUUGGAAUCGAGAUUGCCACCGGAGAUCGGUUACUUCCAGAAUCUCACAGUCCUUGAUCUUCGAAGCAGCGGUUUGAUUGGCUCGAUUCCAGGUGAUAUAUGUGACUCUAGCAGCUUGGCUAUUCUUCAACUUGAUGGAAACUCACUGACAGGUCAAAUUCCUUAUGAAAUUGGCAACUGCUCAUCUCUCUACUUACUGAGCUUAUCACACAACAAUUUGAGUGGCACAAUACCAGAAUCAAUGUCACUGUUGACCAAGCUCAAGAUUCUGAAGCUGGAGGUCAACCAGUUGACCGGCGAAAUACCUCAGCAGCUCGGGAAACUCGAGAAUCUGCUCAUAGCCAAUGUCUCCUACAACCGCCUCGUCGGCCGGUUGCCCGCCGGAGGAAUUUUCCAAACACUAGACUCGAGCGCCAUCGAGGGCAAUCUUGGUAUUUGCUCCCCGUUACUGACGGGCCCGUGCAAGCUCAACGUACCCAAGCCGUUGGUCCUCGAUCCCUAUGCAUACGGCAAUCAAAACGGGGCCCACGAUCGAGCCAGAGAGCGUUCGACAAACUUCAGGCACCAUAGAUUCUUAAGUGUCUCCUCCAUUGUUGCAAUAUCUGCAGCAGCUGUGAUAGCUGCCGGAGUGAUGGUGAUAACCUUGCUCAACGCUUCGGCACGGAGGAGGAUGGCUUUUGUCGAUAACGCCCUCGAGAGCAUGUGCUCCAGCUCGACGAGAUCCGGAAACUUAACCGCCGGAAAACUCAUUCUCUUCGACUCAAAAUCUUCGUUGGAUUGGCUAAGUACGAAUCUCGAUAAUGUCCUUAAUAAAGCUGCUGAAAUCGGCGAAGGUGUUUUCGGAACUGUUUAUAGAGCUGGACAAGGACAAGCAAUGGUGGCAAUCAAGAAACUAGUUACAUCCAAUACACUUCAGUACCAAGAAGAAUUCGACCGUGAAAUUCGAAUACUCGCGAAAGCGAGGCACCCGAAUUUGAUCCCAUUAAGAGGAUACUAUUGGACACCUCAACUCCAGCUUCUCGUAUCGGAUUAUGCGGUGCAAGGAAGCUUACAAGCGAAGCUACACGAGCAUUCGCCUUCUUCGAUGCCUCUAACUUGGCCUGACAGGUUCAAGAUUGUGCUAGGCACAGCAAAGGGUCUCUCCCACUUGCACCACUCAUUCCGCCCGCCAAUCGUCCACUACAAUGUCAAGCCGAGCAAUAUCCUCCUCGACGAGAAUUUAAACCCAAAGAUAUCGGAUUUCGGGCUUGCGAGAAUCCUGACGAAGCUCGAUAAGCAUGUAAUGAGUAGUAGGUUUCAGAGCGCGCCAGGGUACGUGGCACCGGAGCUUGCUUGCCAGAGCUUGAGAGUGAACGAGAAAUGCGAUGUGUACGGUUUCGGUGUGUUGGUUCUUGAAUUGGUGACGGGGAGGAGGCCGGUCGAGUACGGGGAGGACAAUGUCGUAAUAUUGAGCGAUCAUGUGAGGGUAAUGUUGGAAAGAGGGAAUGUGUUGGAUUGCGUGGAUUUGGAGAUGGGGGAGUACCCGGAGGAGGAGGUUUUGCCGGUCGUUAAGCUGGCGUUGGUGUGCACUUCUCAGAUACCUUCGAGCAGGCCUUCUAUGGCGGAGGUGGUGCAGAUUUUGGAGGUUAUCAAGACUCCUCUUCCAAAUAGAAUGUGAGUUUUUUCUUUUUUCUUUUCUUUUUUUUUUUUGAAAUUAAUUGUUAGAUCAUGGAAUUCUUAAUCUUUUAUGUGUUUUUUGCCACUAUCUUGUUCAUGGAAAAAGUUGUACUAUCACUUGUUCUUGUUAUUAAGAUUAUCUAUUAACGCUACAGUAGCAACUGAA